CCUUGCGCGUGGCUGUCUCCUGUCAGAAGCGGGCGCAUGCACGGCGGAGAGGGGCAAUAUCUUAAACAUCUGACGGCGAAACCUAGCGAGCUCAUCGUCUGCGGUUUGCAGCAUGCAGAGACAGCGUCUACUCAUGCAUUCGAACAGAGGAUUGUUGCGGAGGAACUGCCUCGAAACCAUGAACUGCAGUUGGGGGACUGAGCUAUGGGAUCAGUUCGAUAACUUGGAGAAGCACACGCAGUGGGGCAUCGAGUUUGUGGAGCGCUACACCAAGUUUGUGAAAGAGCGAUCCGAAAUUGAGAUGAGCUACGCCAAGCAAAUGAGAAAUCUCUCUAAGAAGUACCAACCCAAGAAAAACUCCAGAGAAGAGGAUGAACACAAGUACACCUCCUGCCGAGCGUUCCUCAUGACCCUGAACGAGUUGAAUGACUACGCCGGGCAGCACGAAGUCAUUGCUGAGAAUCUCUCCACGCAGAUCAUCUCGGAGCUGACGCGUUACAUCCAGGAGCUCAAAGCGGAGCGCAAAGCGCAUUUUCAUGAUGGCCGAAGAGCCCAGCAGCAUAUUGAGAACUCCUGGAAGCAGCUGGAGUCGAGCAAGAGAAGAUUCGAGAGGGACUGCAAGGAGGCAGACCGAGCCCAGCAUUACUUUGACAAGAUGGACACCGACAUCAACGUGACCAAGGCGGACGUGGAGAAGCGGUGUUCACUCAAGGCAAAGCAGCAGGCUCAGAUAAGGCAUCAGAUCGCUGCUGACAGUAAGAGCGAGUAUCUGUCCUACCUGCAGAAGUUUAAUAAAGAUCAGCAUGAGCACUACUACACCCUUAUCCCACACAUCUUCCAGAGGAUCCAGGAGAUGGAGGAGAGGAGGAUUGAGAGGGUGGGGGAGAGCAUGCGCAGCUACGCCGAGGCCGAGCGCAAGGUCCUGCCCAUCGUCACCAAGUGUCUGGACGGGAUGACCAAGGCGGCCGAGUCCAUCGAGCCCAAAAUGGACACAAAACAGGUGGUAGAAACGUACAAGUCAGGGUUCGAGCCACCGGGGGAUGUGGAGUUCGAGGACUACAGUGUGUCCAUGAAGAGAGCCGUGUCUGAGUCCAGCUUCCUGAACGCCCGCAGUGAGAGCAGGCGCAGGAGCCGGAGUAAACUGUGGCCUCUGAUUAAGAGGAACAAGCUCAUGUCUUUGCUAGCGUCGCCCCGGCAACCCCCACCCCCUCCUCCCACGUCGCCCUCGCCUGAAGGCCUGGCCAACGGGCCCCAGUCGCCCCAGCAACCGAAGGAACCUCUCAGCCAGCGCCUGAAUGACUUCAUGAGCUCCAAACACAAAAUGCAGUGCCUACGGAGCCUCAAGCGUGGGCUCUCGCUCAAGCUGGGAACCGGCCAGGAGGAUUACAGUCACUUACCUCCAGAACAGAGGAGGAAGAAACUGCGGGCCAAGCUUAAUGACAUCAGCAAAGAGAUCCAGAAAGAGAUGGAUCAGAGGGACGCCCUGACGAAAAUGAAGGAUGUUUACAUUAAGAACCCCCACAUGGGUGACCCCAACAGCGUGGACCCCCGCUUGGAGGAGGUGCGGCAGAGCAUAGAGAAGCUACAGGUGGAGGGGCACAAAUACGAGGGCUGGCUGACGGACGUGGAGCGGAAACUUCUGGAGGGGGGCAGCUCCCAGCGCAGAGAGAGUGCCCCCUUUGACUCGCAGGGGAACGCGCUGGUGGGCAACAGCUGCGCCCAGAACAGAGAGAGUCCGGACGGCAGCUACACGGAGGACCCCAGCACGGAGACCGCUGUGCAGUUCAAGUCACGUAGCACCGAGUUCGACGACGAGUUUGACGAAGAAGACCCUUUGCCAACCAUAGGGACGUGUAGAGCCCUCUACCCGUUUGAAGGCCAAAAUGAAGGCACCAUUUCCAUGGCGGAGGGUGAGAUGCUGUACGUGAUCGAGGAGGACAAAGGCGACGGUUGGACACGCGUGCGCCGCAGCGAGGACGAGGAGGGAUACGUGCCCACGUCCUACAUCAAGCUCUGCCUCGACGCCAGCGCGAAAGAUCCCUAAAGCGUUUGGCUGGCGCAGGCGAGACAGGGCAAGCGUCCUUGCGUGAAACAUCUUUAAACUCUAGUCAGAGGUGCUGUGUAAAUCUCCCCGUGGGGCAGUUCCAUUCUAAACACACACUCUCCAUCAUCUACGGCAAGAGGCGAAAAAACAAAAACAAACUACUUGGAAUGUUUGUCUGAGCCUUGGUUUUGUUUGUGUUUGUUUGUUUGUUUGUUUGUUUGUUUUUCUGAGCAUACAUUUGCUGCUGCUUCUCGUACGGACCCAGACCUUUAAGCCUCGUGCGCUAACUGCUCGCUGUGACCACAGAGCCCGUAGUUACACCCUGCAGGCGCACGUAGUCAUGGUAACGCGGUCGCUUCUCCACGUCUGCUGCGGCCUGGCCUGCAAAAGAGCCUUCUUAAAAAAAAGUUCUAUUUCUUUCUUUCUUUUGGUCACUAUUCUUUUUGAUGAACAUUAUAUGGGUGCGGAAGGAUUGACGUGUUUGUGUGGGGGGUGGGGGAAAGGUCUGAUCAGACAGAAUAAAACCUCCGUGCGGAGGAGGUCUCCGAGGCGUCGCGUGGCUGGUAGACGGGUAGGCCCGGCUCCCUCACGCGGCACCACCUCUAGCUGCUUUUUUCUCUCAUUCCCACGCUCACUCUCUCUCGGCUCUGGUCCAUCUCUUUGCGCCGCUCCUAUCCUCUCCUUUUCCCUGCGUCCCUCCCGUCCUCUGGACGUAGCGGACGUAGCCGCGUCUCGUGCGGGCGCAGUACGUGUCGGUGGUGUUUGCGGCUGCCGCUGUGUUUCUACGCUUGCAUGCUUGCCCUGUGGUUGUGUGUGCGCCAGUCCCUGGGGUCUCGUCCUCCAGCAAGCCCAGGCCUUCAACUCUGAUGGCCCGGCUUGCUUCUUCAGUUGUGUUUGUGCCUGUGGUUUACUUUUUACUAUUAUUAAAAUUAUAUAAAUUUUUUUAUUUAGUUUUGCUGGUUUUUUUUGUUUGUUUGUUUUUUGAGAUUUUAGAUCUGCCACUUAUGCAUGGCCACUUGCUUCAAGUUCUUUUAUUAUUAAUAAUCUGAAAUUUUCUUUUGAGUUUUUUCAGUGCUUGACCUUGUUUUACAGUGUUUACAGUUUGAUGUUGAACACAGAUAUUUACCUCAUGUCAAAUAGGUUUCGGGCUGCUGUUUGAAUGGGCUCUGACUAACAGUAUUGGUGUUUAUCGCCAUUCCUGAGGAAAGAGUAUUGCUGUUCUGAGCCAUGUGUGUAUUCUCCACGUGUGUGUUAUGCUUUCCAAGUCCCAUUUCCCUGGACCCCUUCCCAUAAACUUCAGACUGCCACUCGAGGUGUCAAAGCUCUGUGAUUUCAGUGCUGACCACAGUCAGUUGGUUCCAAGUUGUGUUUACUGGUAAUAAUAGAACUUAGUUAUACUUCAAUUUUCAAAACAGAAACAUUGUAAAAUGCAUAAACUUUUUAUGUGGACAUUUAACAAAUUAAAGACCAUUGUGAAAUAUGUUGCGAUAUGUGUCACAAUGAAAGUGCCCUUUAAAAACAGUUACAUGCAGAUGGAGGUGUUUGUGUGAGCUGGUAUUAUAUAGCAUAUAUUGUAUCUGGUUAAAGAUUUUUUUGUGCACCAGUAGAUGGCAGCAAAGUGCAAUCCAAGUUUCCCAGACUAGUGCCAUGUGCUUCAGUCCUCAUUCACCAGGAAAAAUAUUACAUGCUGUAUAAAUCACAGGUUUACACACAUUAUUCAAGGCUUCUUUGUCUGUUUAAUGAACAUUUUAACAUUUGAAACUUAUUUUGUAUGGUUUUGUCCUCCUCAUAUAGUUGAUAUUAAGGAGGACCAUGAAGGUCACAGUCCUUGUGCGUGUGUGUGAUUCCUGCACGUUAUUCUGUUUUAUUCUGGUCACCCACCACUUCAACAGCUUCUCAGGAGGACAGCUGGACACCUGGACACUGCCCCGAUCACAGUUUAGCAGGACACGUUUACAGCCUUACAUCUCACUUGCACAGUCAUGGAAUUUCGUUAUUUCAAAAGAAAAGUGUAAAUAAUAAUAAUAAUAAUAAUAAUAAUAACAAAAACAAACAAUCACUUAAUUCUCCUUUACAACACCCUGUUCUAUAAUGUUUACAAGUUUCAAAUUCAAAAUGGUACACUAAUGGCUCAAGACUGCCCUAACAGAAGCGACAAAUGUUAAACUACAGCAGUGUGUGAGUAGCUCAGGGCAGGGCCUGGCGUUUCCAAGACAACAGCUCAACAUUUUGUAACUGCAUUAUAGUCCCUGCUCUGUGCACUCUAAAAAACAGAAAACGCUCACUGACGUCUGAAGUGUGUGAGCGUUAACAACGCCAUGAUGCACUGGUUGGUUCGCUGCCGAUUUAACGCUUGCCAGCCACCACUCGGCUCCUGAAGGGACUGCUGUGUGACCUUGAAACGUUCAGAACUGUAAUGCAUAGCGUCUUUUCUAAACGUAUGCUUGGUUGAUUUAAAGAAUUGGCAGCUGCAGUUCUGCCCAGUGUGUGUGUGUGUGAGAGAGAGAGACGGCACAGGCAUGCAGAUGACCGGUGUCCUGCCUCCAGGGUCCCUGCACGCUGGGCCUGGAGGCACCCGGGAGGGGUGUAAUUAGUUCAGCAGGUGCACGCUGGGAAGGCCUGAUAAAGAGGAGAACUCCUUACAUCACUUCCUCUGUUUGUUCUGGACUUUUAUUUUCAAGCUAUGGAAUGCAACGCCUCUUAGAAGCUAAAGAAUUCAAAACAAGUCCAUCAAGUCUGAAGAGCUUUGUUCCUUUUUUAAAAGAUAUGUUUUGCAACC